CAUAGGUUUUAUAGAGUCAUGGUUGCGAAAACCACAUUUAAUUUGCUGGCCGCAGUGACAUUUCAGCAUUCAGCUUUAAUAUCCGUAGCAUCCUAUGAUUUUUUUUUCUAAAUUUUGUGAUAAUUAACAACCCUGCGUUAAAUACAUGUUGCCCCUGAUGACUGUUUUCCAAUAACAAAACGCCGUUGUAUCUUUAAGUGUCAUCCAUGUUAUCUCACACCCUGUCAUGCAAAGCAACUUGCAGACAACGCGAGGACAGAAAGCUGUUUCCUUUCCGUGCUGUGGCGACGGUUCUUUGAGCGUAGCAGGAUACAUCUACAGCGGUUACUCGCGCGACCUGGCCUUUCAGCUACCCCCUCUGCUAGAGAACCACUGUACCCGCUUGAAGAGGAAGACUUUAUGUUCUUUUAACCGGGAGUCGGGGGGGGCCGAGCCGUCACAUUUGACAGCUGUUUCCUGUGGGGCCAGACUGCUUCUAAAAGGAGCUGUGUCUCAAGCCAGCAGCCUCCAGAAUAGUCGUGUUGGUUGAGGCUAAUGGACCCUGGAAGUAGUGAACUGGACCCAGGUCUCUCCCAGCAAGAGGCUCCCUGUCUGAUUGUAGAAGACUCCCAGCCAGAAAGUGUAGCAAUGGAAGAUGACCCAGAUAGAGGCUAUCAUACCCUUUUGGCAAAACGUCUUUCUAGCUUACAGUCUAGCACUCGCAGCCCUGAACUGGAACUAAUCUGUGCACAGCAAAGCAGCAAAUCCAAUAAAGAGAAGAAUGAGGAGCAUUGUGCUGUUUCAGCACGCUCCAAUUCACAGAACCAGCUUCCUGAAGAGCUUGAGCAGCACAGUCAGGUGUUUGAAGUGUUUUCUUUACAGAAAAUGAAAAGUAAGCAGUCUGAAGAGGUGGAUGACAAAAUGCAGGAUGGAGCUGAUUCCAUUACUCAUGUAGUUCAGCUUGAAGAAUCUUCUCAGUUAGUUUCUGGUUUCUUGGAGCUGUCGGAGAGUCAGAAUGUGGAAGAGGCAUUGGAAAGCACCAAAACAGGUGAUGAAGAGCAGUGCAAUGCAGAAAAAGGUCAUGUUUCACCUAAAGAAGAAUUGUUUCAAAGGUCAGAAGCUGAAUCCGGUUGUACUACAAAUCCUCAGUUAGAGGCAAUCUGUAUGGAUAAUAAAAAAACGACAGUUCAUGACUUACUACUUGGGGAACGCUCACAGGCUGAGGGACCAUCUGACUUGGAAAAUAGUUCAAAAGUUCCAUCCACACAAGAAGACAUGUUUGAAUGUGAAAAUAAAGCUACUGUAGUAGAUACCACUGUGUCUGCAAUACAGAGUCAGUUUGCACACAUGUCCACCCCUGCAGCUAACCUGUGUUUACUUCACCUUUCUGGACAAACACCUCUGGCACAGGAGAGUCUGUCUCAGAAUUCUUCAGAAUUUGUGGCUUCUUCACAGGACAACUUUGGGCCCACUCCAGUUAUUAUACCCAGUUCACCAACAGAAGGGGAGGAUGCACAAGGUGAUGAACCGAUGGAUACAUCAGUUCCUCCAGAAGAUUUCAGUCAAGCAGGAAAAUCUGAAGAGGAGCCAAUGGAAACCGACUUUCCACCUGGUGAAACGGAUUCAGACUUCCAUGCAAGACCCAAGAUUUCCACCCCUACAUCACACAGUGUUCCUGCCUUUAACCCCAAAACUGCACUACCUGUACCAUCCCAACCAGAAUUCUCUAAUGAUAUUUUCAUCCCUACACAAAGUUUAGAGACAAGAAACUCUAAUACUUCUGAGCAGGUGGACAAAACACCAAAUUUAAUUGUGAGUCAAGAAGAACUAACAUCAGUACAAUUAAAGGAAGAUGAUAAGACUCAAAAAGACCAAAAGGAGUAUGUUACCAAUCAGCAGGAAUGCAGUAUGCCUGGAGAAGUAUUUUGCUUGGAACUUUCAGUUAAUACUGAGACCACCGCAACCUUAGAUAAUAAGGAAGCCUCUGUUAAGAAGACAGAAGAAAGUGAUGAUAGUGAGUUAACACAGAUUGAAGACCUAAGGAAGUCACAAGUAAAUUCUUCUAGUGGCACUUUUGUUACACAGGACAACGAUUUGCCUUCAUUUCCAUCUAAAAUAGAGCCUCAGAUGGAAGGUUUGCCCAAAGCAUCUGAACUUGAACCUAGUCAAGGAAAAACAGUGUUGAAAACUUUAGAGCACAGUUCAAGCAACAUACAGAAAACAAAGGUUAAGUGUGGCUCAUUGGGGACAACUGAAAUAUUUACAUCAGGGGCUGCUUCAGUAACACCAGUUAAUAUCUUGCCAAAGGAAUCUGCUGCCGAUACUACUUAUUCAAAAACUUUGCUUAAACCUUCUGAACUGGUUGAUGUUCCCACUGAUGUAAAGUCACACAAACUUGAAAUGACAGAACUCACAGUUUCAAGCAGUUUGUCAGAUACUGUUCCUACAGAAACCCAUGUCAUGAAAACCAGAGUAUGUUUUUCACAUUUUCCGAAAUCUUUGCCAGUGUCAAAUGCAGAUGAUAUCACAAAUUUUCAGCCAUCUUCCUGUUUGAAUACUUUCCAUGAGGAUAUGGAGAUUCAUACAGAAGAUAUAGAAGCCUGCUCAGAAACAGUACCGAAAGAAAUAACUCCUAGAGAUGUCAAACCAGUAGAGUUAGGACCUAAGAAUGUUGAAAUGAGGGAAGAGGUCCAAGAUGUUGUGCAGGAAACACCAGAAGAUGAACAGGAAAACAUGGAAGAAGGAGAGGUGGGUCUGAGCAGUAGUCUUUGUCUUGCUCUUUCUCAAAGUCAGGCUUUCUCUCCUUCUAUGGAAACAGUUGAUGAAGAACAUAAGAUGGACAGCGACUCUCUUAAAGGCCAAGGGGCUCAUGACGAUUCCAUAACUCUCAUGUCUGCAAAGGAGAGAAACUCCAAAAUGUAUUGUUUUGAAGAAGGGGUGCAAAGAGAAAGCAUACAUGGAGGGGAGAACAUGCUAAGUCAUAGUAUCCUAGUGAAUGAAAGUGAUCCUGUACAAAAUAAUGAAAGAGAGACUGUGUCUCAAGGUAAAGAAGUAUCAUCUGAGGUGGUAGCCUUGGUGUCUUCUGAAGAAUCUGUUGUUAUUCCCAAAGUUAAGGAUAUGGAUGGAGGUGUGGAAGAUGCAGUAGAGAAUAUGAUAAGUGGGAUAACUCAGGAGGCAAAAAUUAAGAGCAAUGCUUUUGCACAGAAUUUGGAAGUGCAGGGAAGUGGACCUGAAAAGAUAGAACUGAGGAUGUCUAUGGAAACUGCAAGCCACCAAUCAGACAAGAACAUUGGAAAUUCAGUUACAAAGACCCUAAGUGACAGUUCUGGGGAUAUUCCUUUUCACUUUACUCUUCCUAAGGAAGGAGAGAUGGUUCACCAUGUAGCUGUUGCCACACCCCCUUUACUUGGACCCCUAAAGCUAGCCCCUCGCCAUAGCACUCCAAUAGAGUUAGGUUCCUGUUCUGAAACUGGGAACCUUUGUGAGGACGGUGCAUUGCCAACCAGUGACAUUGCUGCUGAGGAAAUCAGGGUUGUGGCUGAAUCUAAUGAAGGAAAGUUGAGCCUUCAAAUGAAGAUGGUAAUGCCCUCAAGUGAAGAGACACCCGAAUCUGCACAAUUUAGUCUACAAAAGCCCAUUUCAUCUGAAGAAGAAAUACCAGUUUCUACAGCUGAAAACAUUUCUAAAGCUAUACCAAGUCCCAUCCAAAACCAGUCUGUCUUUAGCCGGGUUUGUGAAGCACGAAGGCAGGGAGUAGAGGUGAUCCAUGUGCCUUCAAAGAGCAGUUCUGGUAGCAUUUCUGCCUUACACAGCAGAGAGUCCAUUUCAGAUGGCCCAAGAACUCAGAGACUCAAGCAUAUUUCUCGCAGUCAUGCAGUGAUGUCCAGUGACUUAGAUAUAGCAGAUGAAUCCUGUGAAAUGCCAUUAAGAGAGGAUGUAGAGCUUCAGUCAGGAUCUGCCACGUAUCACAGUAAAGAGAUGGGCUGCCUCACUAAACUCAACUACAAGGAACUGGAGAGCCAGACUGAAAUGUUGGUGCAAAGGCCAGUUACAGAAGCCAGUACACAAACCGAGGGCCAUCUAAAGGCAUGUGUGGAGGAGCUGGAGCCAAGAGAAAACAUCCUGAAGAGUUGUAGCAUGGGAGUUCAAACUGAGAGCACAAAUCAGAUUUGUCAAAGGGCUAUCUCUCAGCAGACAAGUUUUGAUGCCAGCAUCCCCCUGAAUGAGUCUGGGAAGCAGAAAGAAGUGUCUCAGCAGAUGAGUUUUGAUGACAACAGUAAACAAGAAUCUAUAAACAAGGAUGAGGUUACUCCACCAUUCCUGUCCAUUCCAGGUCAUUCAGUCUCUAGACAUGUAAGAACAACACGUGAGAUCCGAACCACUGUUACACGCAUCAUAACGGAUGUCUACUAUGAGAAUGGGAAGGAAAUAAAUCGUACAGUUAUUGAGGAAUCGGAUGAACCAGUGGUUGACUGUCGUGUAUCAGAGAGUGAUAUGUCAUCUUCACGUUCCCGUUGCUCCAUGACAUCUGGUGACCUUGGUGAUGUCAGUUCAUUAUCCUCCAAAGCAUCUAGUCUACAACGCAGCUCAAGUGCCACCAGCAGCACUGGAGCUGCACCUGUAAAAGCAGUGCCCUCUGAGACAGCUGGUGAAUUUGCAAUCCCAACAGGCCGUCAAGGCCCAUUCAAAUCGGCUAGCCCACAGAAGUCAUGUGUUCAACUGCAUGGGUCACUGGGGUGGCCAGAGAGUCCUGAAGGGACAGUUUCAGGUAGAGAGGACAGAGACAGAGCUUCAAGGAGGCCCCUAAGCUCACAAGGAAGGGGGAAGAGAGGCCGACCCUCAUCUUAUACCUCAUCAUGCAGUAGAAAUGAUGUGAUUAUGGCACAGAAGGAUAAGACACCAAGUUCUGUCAGCUCAUCUUCUGAGGAAAGUAUCACAGCAUUCACACAUGUUUGCUCUCAGCCGGAUUCCAACAAAUCUCAUUUAGUCUGUGAAGCCUCACCACGUGGGGCACUGCGGCGCUCUAAUUCUCCAGAAAUUGCCCUUUUGUCACCACAGUCUACUGAUACUAGCAGCAACAGUUUUGUAGGCCUUCGUGUUGUUGCAAAGUGGUCAUCCAAUGGCUAUUUCUACUCUGGGUGCAUCAUUCGUGAUGUGGGAGAUGGACGCUUUCGGCUGCUUUUUGAUGAUGGCUAUGAAUGUGAUGUUCUGGGCAAAGACAUACUUCUUUGUGAUCCUAUUCCUCUAGAAACUGAAGUUACAGCUCUCUCUGAUGAUGAAUACUUUAGUUCAGGCGUUGUGAAAGGACAUAAGAAACAGGGCACCGAUUUUUUCUACUGUGUCGAGAAAGAUGGUCAGCGCAAGUGGUAUCGCAGGAUGGCAGUGAUCCUUUCAUUGGAACAAGGCAACAGACUAAGAGAGCAAUAUGGACUGGGUCCUUAUGAGCCAACAACACCCUUUACCAAAGCCUCUGAUAUUAGCUUAGACAACCUUGUAGAAGGAAAACGAAAACGACGAGGCAACUUAAUAAACAAUAGUACUCCUAGCAGGACACCAACAGAAAGUCCAAGAGGUUCCGCAUGUAGCAGCAAGAGGAAACUUAUGUGUUCUGAAGACGACCAGUCCCCUGCCAAGCGUGGACGAAAAUCAUCUUUCCCCAAAAAAGCUUGGCAACAUGGAGAGAUGUGUUCUACUUCAGAGAGUGGAUGUGAUCUGCCUUCCAACUCCUCGGAUCUAGUAGAAACAUUUGGUCCACUUCCACAAAGCACUUCUCUCUUUCUUGGCUAUGCUUUUCUGCUGACCACAUCUUCAGAGAAUGAUCGAGAGACCAAUCACACAGGAGACAAUAAGGAGGAAGAGUAUGUGGAAACAGCUCCUUAUAACAAGCAAUACACAGAGAGACAACUGAGAGCAGGAGGAGGCUAUGUCAUGCUGGACGUCAGUGACAGCCAGUGUAACUCAUCUUAUGAGAGACUUCUUAUCGCUGACCAGCACUGCCGUACACAAAAGUAUCUACUGAGUGUAGCAAAUGGAAUCCCCUGCGUGUCGCACAUCUGGGUGAGGGACUGUUGCCGUGCUAACCAGACCUUGAGCUUCAGGAACUACAUGUUGCCAGCUGGUCUUGGAUUACUGGAAAAUCGCAUCAUUGAAUGGCACCCUCGUCGGAGUCCAUUUGAGUCUCUACAGGUCCUUCUAAUAUCUGAAAAACAUUUGGAGCUCUGGGCAGAUCUUCUCAUGAUGGGAGGGGCAUCUUCUGUGCGUCAACAUAGUGCUACUUCCCAGAAUAAAGAUAUUGCAGUCGGUGUUUAUAACCUGCUUGUGACAGACACGUCUUGCUCAGAUUCUGUUCUGAAGUGCGCAGCAGCCCUGGAUAUUCCAGUUGUUUCUCCAGAGUGGGUAAUCCAGAGCAUAAUUGUUGGUGAGCGGCAGGAUUAUGAUGCACACCCCAAAUACAAACAUAACUACUCUCCAAUGUAACAGAUUUCAGGCUCCCAGGAUGUUUCUUUUUUGUCUUUUAAAUUUAUUUUAGUCUUUUGAAAGGUCAGUGAUUGUAAUUGUUCUUAUGCAUGCAUUUUUUGUACAUAAUUUUAUCUGUUGCCAUUUUUAUGAAAACAUUAAACUGUGAUGGUUUCAUUCUC